CAACUUAAAGUUAAAGUGUUUAAAAUAAAUCAAACAAUCUCAGAUCAAUAUCACAGAUACGCCAAGGUGUCAGUGUUAACCUGCUACUUAGUUCCCUUAAUUAAGCUAAUGCCAAUGAAAUCUUUCAGUAACUGUAUACACUGCUCACGUAUAAAUAUGUUAAAUAAAAGUAGUGCAAAGGUAAUUGCUGAUACAUCAGCUUCAGCCGCUGAUAUGUGUUUGAUUCUUGCUAAUGCAGCUUUUUUUUUAUGCAUGCAUUUUGCUCAUGCAAUUCGUCGCGCGAUUUUGUUGUAUGGAAAGUCCAAAGUUUGGAUAAUCUACUGGUGUGUUUAAAUGUACGGAUACAGUUUUAACAAUUUUAAUUUCCCAAACCUCAAAAUAAAAAUUCUUAUUAUUUAAUUAGCCUGUCUUUCCUGAAGAGUGAGAUGCGUUUCAAAAAAAAAAAAAAAAAACGUUGUCUUAAGAAUCUAAUGUUAACUUGAAUAAUAGACCUUAUAUGUAUGACAAUUUUUAAAUGUAAGGAUACAGUUUUAAAAAUUUUAAUUUCCCAAACCUCAAAAUAAAAAUUUUUAUUAUUUAAUUAGCCUGUUUUUCCUGAAGAGUGAGAUGCGUUUCAAAAAAAAAAAAAAAACGUUGUCUUAAGAAUCUAAUGUUAACUUGAAUAAUAGACCUUAUAUGUAUGACAAUAAUAUAAAACGUAAAGCUUGUCAUGCCUUAUCUUAUCUGCUGAGAAUUUCACUUAAUCUACAUUCAAUUCAUAAGUUAUUACUGUUUACAAAAGUUUAAUAGUUGUUAAAAUAUAUAAAUAUAUAAAUAUAUUAUUGUAUAAUUUUUAUUGCGUUAAGGGAGUCCGAGUUAUCUGCAAAUCUUUUUUAUUUCAGUCUCUUUGCGUGCCUUGGAAAUGAAUCGCAAUUUAUCAUAUUCAUAAUAGUUGUUCAUAUUUGUUGAAAUAUGAGGCCGUAAUUUGUGGACGAACAAUAUGGACAUGGGUAUGAUGAGUAAGGAAGAAUAAGUCGGCCUUAAUAAUCGUUAAACUACAUAAUAACAUUUUCAAAGUCUAAUCAGGAUUCUGGGCAAGUUUCGUUAAUACCUUACUAGAAUUUAGAAAACUUUUGGUUCUAGCUUUUCUGUGAAUGUGACGUCAUGACUUUAUCCUACACUUCUUUUCGCUGAUCUGGUUUGUUUUUAUGCCCCACAGAUUUCAUUUUGUUGCUUUAAAUUUUUUAAUUUUAAAGCAACACUGAUUAUAGAAGAUACAUGAAAUAGCAAAACGAGGUAUUUUAAAGAAGAUAACAUUGUUAUGUUUGUAGAGCAAAAAUCAUAUUCCCGGAGGUUCAGAUCUAUGGUUUCCACAUUUUUGUUUAUUGUUAAUUAGGCACACGGGACAUUUUUUAAAGCACUGUGUGCAAUUAAUGCUGUAAAUAGGGAAGUGGCCAGUUGAAAUCAUCAACCAGUUAAAUCAUAUGGGGCAAGUAUUUGAAAAAAAUGACGUCUUUUAUUAGCAUACACUAUUCUUUAUAUCCCCAAACUAGUGCCGUUUAAAGUGCAAUCAUGUUUUCCCCUCCUGAUAGCCUAACUGCACAGGGCCAUCUUAACAGGAUCGGGGGCCCUGUUAGCCUAACUGCAUAGGGCCGUCUUAACAGGAUCGGCGGCCCUGGACAAUAAAAAAUAUAGCAACUGAGGCCCCUUAUUUCUCUCUUACCUACGCCAGUAAUGUUAGGAAAAGCAUUUGGGGCAGGUAAAGCGUUAUUAUCAUAUUUUCUUUAAGACAGUUUCAAUAAAGAAAGGGAACAAGUCAUCUAUCAGUGUCUAAAUUCGGCAUAAGUUGGGCAGGGCAUCUAUCAAUGCCUCAUUUAGGCAUAAGGUGGACAGGGCAUUGCUCAGCGUCUAAAUUAGGCAUAAGGUUAGAAGGGCAUCUAUCAGUGCCUAAAUUAGGUAUAAGGUUAGCAGGACAUCUUAUCAGUGCCUAAAUUAGGUAUAAGGUUAGCAGGGCAUCUAUCAGUGCCUAAAUUAGGUCUAAGGUUAGCAGGGCAUCUAUCAGUGCCUAAAUUAGGUCUAAGGUUAGCAGGGCAUCUAUCAGUGCCUAAAUUAGGUCUAAGGUUAGCAGGGCAUCGAUCAGUGCCUAAAUUAGACAUAAAGUCGGGCACUGUAAACUCCCUCUUUACAAGCACCAAUAAACUGCUUCUCCAACGCCACAGUCUGGUAACUCCUUCAAAAGAGAUUCUGUUAUGCUAUUAACAGUUUUAUUCUUGUAAAGUUGGCUAAUGGUUCUGGGGAAACUAACAGGUGCCUAAUGUUUCGGUUUGUUCCAUUAACGUUUUGAGAUAAGUCUUUUAUCUGAUUUGACCGGCUAUUUUUCGAUUCAAGCUAUCAAGUCAUAGUGCAAGAAUUAAAGGAAACGUUUUAAAAAGCUUGAAAUUUUUUUUUUUUUUUCAAAGUUAAAUCACGCAGAUCCCUUGAAAAGUUAACUAUGUUACCGGCAGACCUGUGUAGUGGGGAUAAUAAAUAAAAACGUAGGCCUAGUCAUUAAAAAUAGGAUGAAGUUCCAAAAUAAACUUAUUGUUCGAAAUCUUUUAGUAAAUAGCAAUUGAAAAAAUAAAAAGUCUAACUACGCUACAUUAACAAAACUAUUCCAUUUAAACGAGGCUAUUGAACAUGCAAUGUAUUUACAUUUUUAAACAAACUUUUUGGAUGAUAUAUUUACUGCUCUUAAUUGAAUGAAGUCAGUAUGAACAUGACCUCAAAGAUCACGACCUAAGUUAAAGCUCAAUGUGAAAGUCUGCUUUUUAAAAAAAAAUCUAUAAGAGCCACGAUUAAUGCUAAGUGCGUAAGUUCUUAUUCCCUUAUCUCGGGAUCUUAUAAAAGAACCAACGCAUUCUAUUCGUCAUUUAUCCUCAUGCAACAAGUGGCUAACCUCUCACAGAUCUAAACAGCAAUGCGUUGUUUAAUAGUUGCGUGUCUCUUUGCCGUGGCUUCGGUGAGUUUUGAUAAUGAUAUACAAUCUGUGGCGUAGUUAGGAUAAGUGCCACCCGGGGCGGGUCAAGCUUUUUCACCAAGCCUUCCACGAAAAAAGUUCGCAAUUUUUGGCCGAAAUUGCAACCCAUUAUAAAGGGGAAACAAUGCCAACCGGGGUGGACAGCCCUCUCAGCAGCCCCUCCUUAUGCCAUUGUAUGAAACUUAUAUCAUAACUGUCCGUAAUCAUCAUUAUCAGUGGUGCUACAGGCCAUGUAGGGCCCCGGCCUGCUCCAACACAUCUUUCCAUUCGGAUCGAUCCACGACUCUCCGCGUUGGGGAAGAAGAGAGGUCACGUGGGCCCUGGCUGUCACCGUUGCGAAUUUAGACUUCCUCGGAUCUUAAAGGGACCAAAGGUUGUCAUGUCAAACUUUGUAAAUGAUUAACUUUGAAUUCUUGGGCAUAAAAACUGAAAAAUGGCACUGGGGUUCCUAGAGUCCCCUUACUGCUUUGUGGGGAGGUAGACGAUAAAAAAAGCUACAUGCGAGUCAGAAACAUGGUCACAGACACUUCACGGUAAACUUCUGCUUAAUGUCUGAGCUGCUUACACAAUUCAUCAUGGGUGAAGGCAGUGUGUGUGUGUUUUUUUUUGUUUGGCCAAUGACGCACCUUACUAAUGUAUCAAUCACAUAAGUAUUUACAUAGACGUGACAAAUUGAAGAGUUCAAUUUUAAACAAAGCACAUAUAUAAUAAUUUGCAAGAUAAAGAUAGAGUAUAGUUUUUCUUUAAAUAUAUUUCAUUUGUGUAAAUAUUAUAAAUAGCUAACACACUUCAAAGGGUUGACAUUGAUUUUUAUAGGAAACAAUAUUUUAAGACUGGAAUGCUUUAAACUUACUCUAUAUAAAUACAAUGUCAUAUUCGUUUAAACAUAUUAAAACGAUACAAAAAUUUGUUGGUACGAUACACACAGGCCCAACUCGGCAUCAACAUCUUGCAAAACUUCAGGGACUGGUUCAACACGAACAAGAACGACUUCAGCAUCGAUUUCGUCCAUAACUACAGAUUCGAGGAACACGAUACCAACGUAAGUCACGUGCAGUCCAUAUGUUUAUAAAUAGCUACUCUUGAGAUCAGCACUCAUCAUCUUAUAGUUUGCGCAGUGUAUUCUGAACAACAGAGCGCCUUAAAACUAAAAAAAAUUCACACUAAGAGGUUUUAAGGAUUUUAAAAUAAAAUAAAAUAUUCUAAAAAAUCUGCUGGACGAGUUAUUAAUUGUACAGUAGAUAGCACCAAGAAAUCGUACAAACUAUACACAAAGUGGUUGACCACAGAGAGGGGUCCGCAAGUCUGUAAGCGCAGUUUCACAAAAAAGGUUAAACAUUUAUGAAACGGAAAGACAAAAUUAAAUAGUUUGGCUCCGGUCAAUGCUUCAGUGGGGAUAAUCCCUACUUGGAAAGAUUUGAAAAGCUCCGGUAUAUGCUGUAAAUCAAAACUAAAUUUCAGCAGUAAGUGAAAUAGCUGAUGGUAAGCUUGCCCCGUGACCAGUUGUCCCAUGAUGUAGUGGGAUCUCUUAGAAUUACAUACACGACCACUUUUGAAACUAUUGCAAGUACUCGACAACAAGUAAUAUUCUUGGUUACAGAUUAUAAUUAAAAUUAAUAUGUUUCUAUAAUCUUAUGCAAAUCGUCAACCAUGUUCUAAGGCAGCGGUUCUCAACCUGUGGGUCACGGCGUCUUUGGGGGGUAAAAUGACCCUUACACAGGGGCUGUUUAAGAGCAUCGGAAAAAAACAUAUUUAUGAAGCAGCAAUGAACAUAAUUUUAUUGUUGGGGGUCACCACAACCUUUUGGACUGUUUUAAAUGGUCGUGGCAUUUGGAAGGUUGAGGACCACUGUUCUAAGGGGAACAAAUAAGUUAAGGGGACACAGACGGACUGACAGUGGGAGAUUUCUCAAAUGAAUGAUGAAUCUCGCUUUAAAUUAAAAUAUUUUAAAAAAAUUUUAAAAACCAAUUCAGUCAUUACUGCUACUCACUUUCCAUUAAGGUUAUGAAUUUCGUCAUCUGUAUAAUUAAAGUUGACAAGUAAGCAAUUUCACAUGUAAGCAACUUCAUAUGCAAGCAAGUUCACAUGUAAGAAAUUUCACAUGUUUCCGCAGGCUGGCUACCAUCUCCUUGUUGCCAUCAGCGACGUCUCGGGAGACAGGGCGUGCCAUCUGAUCGAAGUGACACCAGACUGGGAGAAGGACCUGGAGGAUACCAACAAAGUCCACGUCAUCACUGUAGGUUUGACUUUAUCGAAGUUACGCUUCCUGGCUUUACUCCAUGCCCUUACUCUGUUCAAAUAGUUGCAAGUCAAUACCUUCAGAAAAAAAAUAUUUUCUUCAUAUAUAUUUUUAUUUCUUUUAUUAUUUUUUUUUGUUAUUUGUAUACAAAAAUAGCAUUUCUUUAGAUGUGUAAAUAUUUUGUGUUACUUUUAUAAUUAAAAAAAAGGCACAAUAUUCAAUUGUUAUUGUCUAUAGGAAGAGAUCUACCAUCUGAUUUCUACACACACUCUCCACGAGUCGACCAUGACCUACAACGACCUCAGCAACAUAUACGGGGACGCCGAUGCUUU